AAAAGCAAAGCAAAUGAACGGCACAAAUAAUCAUAAGUUAAACAAAAACAUUAUCAAUAAUCAUCCCAACACAAAACAACAGCAAACGUCAACAGCGUCCCUAUUUUCUUGUACCUUUGUAAAUGAAAUCAUCAUCAUAAUUAUACUUCAAUCAAAUCAUAACCUCCAUUCCCACACACUUUCAUCGUUAAAACAAAAAAAAAACUAAUAAAAAACUGUUCUUUUCUUCCGUUCUUUUGCAAUUUCUUAUUCUAUGAACAAUCUUUCUCUGUUCUGAAACCGACCCACAUCAUAAAAAAGUGUUUGAUUCUGAAAAGUCACAAUUUUUUCAUCUAUUGAAUUGAUUUUCUACAACCCCACAUGGAAAAGGAGCCACUGCUCCCAUAUUUCAGCCCAAGGAAGAAGCUUUCACCAUUGUCACAUCAUCUUUUUCCUUUACCUGAAAAUGAUGAAAUGGUUGUUCCUGUUACCCCUUCUGAGUUCAAAGAUCGUCUCAUCUUUGGUCCUUCACCUUUGGCUGAUCCUUCACCAUUGGCUGAUGCUUUAAAUCUUUCACGUAAUUCACCAAGAUCUUCUUGUUCAUCUUCACAAGAUUUUGUUGAUUCUUCAUCACAGCAAGUAUCUUCUUGGCUUUUUGAUCCUAAUUAUCCAAGGGGUAAAACAAAUCUUCAUCGUUCAAAAACUGCACCUGCUAUGGCUGUUAUCAGUGAUUUCAAUCAUCGUACAUCUGUUAAAAGACCUCAAUUUGGUAGCCAAUCAAUUGUUCAUCAAGCUGUUAUUCUUCUUGUUCUUUAUUUGGCUUUAGGGGUUGUUAUUUAUUGGUUCAAUCGUCAUGAUUUUACAUCAACAGAAACUCAUGUUAUAGUAGAUGCAUUGUAUUUUUGUAUAGUUACAAUGUGCACAAUAGGUUAUGGUGACAUUACACCUAAUAGUACUGCAACCAAGAUUUUCUCUAUAUUGUUUGUGUUGAUUGGUUUUGGUUUUAUUGAUAUAUUGCUUAGUGGAAUGGUUAGUUAUGUUCUUGAUUUGCAAGAGAAUCAUUUGUUGAGGGCAGUGAAGGGAAGAGGUGGGAAAGAUGGUAGGUCAUAUUUAGUUGAUGUGAAGAAAGGGAGGAUGAGGAUUAGGAUGAAGGUUGCAUUGGCACUUUUGGUUGUGGUACUUUGUAUUGGACUUGGUGUAGGGGUUAUGCAUUUUGUCGAAAGCCUUGGAUGGGUGGAUUCUUUUUAUCUUUCAGUUAUGUCUGUUACAACGGUUGGAUAUGGUGAUCAUGCUUUUAAGACCAUGCAUGGUCGGAUUUUUGCUGCAAUUUGGUUGCUUGUGUCAACGCUUGCGGUUGCCCGAGCAUUCCUUUAUUUGGCUGAGGCCAGAGUGGAUAAGCGGCAUAGGAUGAUGGCAAAGUGGAUUCUUGGUCAGGAUAUGACUGUUGCUGAGUUUCUUGCUGCUGACAUAGACAAUAAUGGAUUUGUGAGUAAAUCAGAAUAUGUUAUAUACAAGCUCAAGGAGAUGGGAAAAGUGACAGAGAAGGACAUCAUGCAGGUCAGUGAGAAAUUCGAUAUACUAGAUACCGGCAACUGUGGAAAAAUAACACUUGGUGAUCUCAUGGAGAGUCAAAAUUGAUGAGCUCGAUCAGCGUGGCUAGUACUCCUUCGGUGUUCCUGAACCCACCAAUCAAGCUGCCUCCAAUGAUCAAGGUGAUUUUAUAUCCAAUGUUGUCACAUAAAGAACGGGAGUAGAGAUCCUCUUCAUUUCUUAAAAUAAACAAACACUACAAUUACUAAAGUUUUGGUGUAUACAAUACACAGUUAAUGUCAACAAUUAUCAAAAGGCGUGCAUUUAUAUCAGUGAUUUACUUCAAAACUAUAAUAAUGGACAUCUCCAUUUCUCAAGUUGCAUGGGAACAUUUUUCAUUUGAGGGUUUGGAAGGAUAUUAGAUUAUCAAGUUGCAUGUAGGUGAUUUUCCCUCUCACACCCUUUUGUCACGAUCAGUAACAUGACGAGGCACGAUAUGCUGGUGAAAUUUCUGGGUUCUUUUGCCGGCAUUUUGUAAAUUAUUUAGAGGAUGAUAAGUAUUGGUCUUGGUGGAAUUCUUGGUAUUAUAAAUUAAUUAUAGUAUUUGUUAGGCCGAUGAGAUGGCUUGUAGUGGUAAUCGAGAGCACAAUUUUGGUUGGUUAAAUAAUUAUUUUGUACAUAUUCUUUUUGAAAAUGAAUGAAUGUAUUGAUUCUUUA